AAUCAGAGGCGAGAAGGGCGGGAUGUUCCUUAGACAUCCUACGAUUCCAAAUGAUACUGCUCAUCUCGAACACCUGGUCAGGCUGGUCAAAUCAGAGGGUAAAGGCAGAGAGAUGGCAGACAGCGCAGGGCUGCAGUUUGUCAGUUCUUUUGCAUUUGAAGCCAUGCAGAAGGUGGAUGUUGUUCGCCUGGCGGCCCUCAGUGAUCCAGAGCUCCGGCUCCUACUCCCCUGCCUGGUGAGAAUGGCCUUAUGUGCUCCUGCAGAUCAGAGCCACACCUGGGCUCAAGACAAGAAGCUCAUUCUCCGGCUGCUUUCUGGAGUGGAAGCUGUCAACUCCAUCGUAGCACUUCUGUCUGUGGACUUCCACGCACUGGAGCAGGACGCACGCAAGGAGCAGCAAUUCAGAAACAAGGGAGGCGGCUCCAAUGGAGAGAGCUUCCUGGUGUCACAGCUUCAACAUGGCCUCACCUUGGAGUUUGAACACAGCGACCCCCUCCGUAGGCUACGCCUGACCCUCAGCGAACUGCUGGUCAUCAUGAACAAGGUGACGGAUUCCAAUGGAGAAUUUUUCUUAAAGUCAUCUGAGCUCUUUGAAAGCCCCGUGUAUCUGGAGGAGGUGGCGGACGUCCUUUGCAUUUUACAAGCAGAGCUGCCUUUUCUGCUACCCAUUGUGGAUGUUGCGGAGGCCUUACUUCAUGUCCGUAAUGGUGACUGGUUUAUGUGCCUGUUGGUUGCCAACGUGCCCGACAGCUUUAAUGAAGUGUGCAGAGGUCUGAUCAAGAAUGGAGAACGUCAGGAUGAGGAGAGUGUGGGUGGCCGACACCGGACUGAAGCCCUGAGGCAGCUCUGUCUGAUGAACCCCUCUCAAGCCCUUAACAUCAGGGCCAUGGUGGUAGAGGAGUGUCACCUGCCUGGUCUCGGUGUUGCUCUGACUCUGGACUACAAGCCUGAUGCACCUGAUGAGGCAGUCAGCCCUCUUGUUUCCUAUGUAAGCGGUUUACUUCUGGGCACUAAUAGCAAAGUCCGCACCUGGUUCAGCAUGUUCAUUCGCAACGGGCAGCAGAGUAAGAGAGAGAGCAGCUCGGUUCUGUGGCAGAUGAGAAGGCAGCUGCUACUGGAAUUAGUGGCAAUCUUACCACGUUCACGCAGCACCCGUGUGCCCAACAAUGGCAAAAUUGAUGAUGAAGGCAGUUCUGGGUACUCGGGUCUCAGGGAGGAACAUGUGGUGAAGGCCAGUGCUUUGCUCAGACUCUACUGUGCUCUCAUGGGCAUUGCAAGUCUCAGACCGACAGAUGAAGAGGCAGAGCAGCUGUUACAGUUGAUGACCAGCCGACCGCCUGCCACUCCAGCUGGCGUUCGCUUUGUUUCUCUGUCCUUCUGCAAACUGCUGGCCUUCCCCACCCUGGUCAGCACACCAGAGCAAGAACAGCUGAUGGUGAUGUGGCUGAGCUGGAUGAUCAAAGAAGAAGAGUACUUUGAGAGUGCUGCAGGCGUAUCUGCUUCUUUUGGAGAGAUGCUUUUACUGGUUGCCAUGUACUUCCAUAGCAACCAGCUCAGCUCCAUUAUUGAGUUGGUGUGCUCUACUUUAGGGAUGAAGAUAGCCAUCAAGCCCGGUUCUCUCAGCAAGAUGAAGACCAUCUUUACUCAGGAGAUUUUCACUGAACAGGUCGUUACAGCUCAUGCAGUGAGGGUUGCCGUGACCAACAAUUUAAGUGCCAACAUCUCAGGAUUUCUGCCAAUUCAUUGUAUCUACCAGUUGCUUCGGAGCCGGGCCUUCACCAAGCACAAAGUAUCCAUCAAGGACUGGAUUUAUCGUCAGCUCUGUGAGACAACUACACCCAUCCAUACUCAGCUGAUUCCUCUAAUCGAUGCUUACAUCAACUCCAUCCUCACUCCAGCAUCCAAGGCCAAUCCUGAGGCUACAAACCAGCCCAUCACUGAGCAGGAGAUCCUCCGUGUCUUCCAGAGCUCUGCAGGACAGGCAGACAGCAGCCGAGGAGGACGCCAGCGCUACUCCAUCACCACACAACUUCUGAUCCUGUACUACAUCCUGUCUUAUGAGGAGAACCUGCUGGCUAGCACCAAACAGCUUGCACUAAUGAAGAGGAAGCCAAAGUCCUACUCAGCAGCUCUGAUGGACCAAAUCCCCAUUAAGUACCUGGUGACCCAGGCCCAGGGGCUGCAGCAGGAGCUGGGGGGUUUGCACUCAGCUCUACUAAGACUACUUGCCACUAACUACCCCCACCUGUGUCUGGUGGAAGACUGGGUGUGUGAGGAGGAGGUGACUGGUACCUUGCCUCUGCUGAGGAGGAUGAUGCUUCCCUUCAUUGCCCGCAGAUACACCCAGAACCAGCUUCACCAGGCUUUCCAGAAGUUGCCCUCCAGCAGUCCCAGGCUCAUGCGGAUCCUGGAGUAUCUAACGCUGCUCUCACCUGGAGACCUCAUCCCCUAUGCUGAGGCUCUCACAGCCAGCAUGUCCCUGCUUCUGCAGCCCGCUGUGCCUCGGCGCCUGAUCCAGACCCUCAACAAGCUGUGGAUGGGCCUCAACACGGUGAUGCCCCGCAGAUUGUGGGUGAUGACUGUAAACGCCCUCCAACCAUCAGCCACUCUGCAGCAACAGCAGACCUGCACCCAGAACGACCUGAUGAUUGAUCCUCUGAUUGUGCUGCGCUGUGACCAGAGGGUGUACAGGUGUCCUCCCCUGAUGGACAUCGUCCUUCACAUGCUUAAUGGGUACCUGCUGGCCUCCAAAGCCUAUCUGCAGAGUCACCUGAAGGAGACGGCCGACUUUGAGCGACAGAGCCAGACUGUCUCUAGUGUGACGGGAUCGGGUCAGCUGGACACACCUGAGGUCACCAGGGAGGAGCUAAAGAACGCCCUUCUAGCUGCUCAGGACAGUGCAGCCGUCCAGAUUCUCCUAGAGUUGUGCUUGCCCACCUCUGAUGAGCAGCAGUCCGGAGGUUCAUCAGAAAGCCUUUGGAGAAGCAAUUGGGGCUCGAUGCUGAAGACACCCAAACCAACAAGUCUGAGUCCAUCGGCCUGUAUGGGUGUAGAGGAUGCAGAGCCACAAGGAGGCCUGCUCAGUGACUUGAGGGAGGUGCAGUGUCUCAUUUGUUGUCUCCUGCAUCAGAUGUUCAUCGCUGACCCCAACAUCGCUAAAUUGAUUCACUUUCAGGGCUACCCUCAGGCUCUGCUGCCUCUCACCGUAGCAGGAAUCCCCUCCAUUCACAUCUGUUUGGACUUCAUCCCUGAACUUCUAGCCCAGCCCCAGCUGGAGAAGCAGAUCUUUGCCAUACAGCUGCUGUCACACCUGUGUACCCAGUACGCCUUACCCAAAUCUCUGAGUGUGGCCCGAUUGGCCAUUAGUGUCAUGGGAACUCUGCUAACAGUGCUGAGCCGGGCCAAGCGUUACUCCUUCUUCAUGCCAACCCUGCCAUGCUUGGUGGCGUUCUGCCAGGCCUUCCCUCCUCUCUACGACGACGUAGCAGCUCUGUUGGUGCAGGUGGGCCAGGUUUGUGCUUCUGAUGUGGCCACCAAAGCCAGGGACGUUGAUCCUUUUAUUGCCCGGUUACAGAAUCUACAAGAAAAACCUGAGGAGGGUCCAGUUCCUGGAGCCUCAUCUAAGCUGGUUCUACCUCAAAAAACAAAAGAGGACCUGGGCGGAGCAGACCCUGAUGUCCAGCUCUGCUACUGCAUUGAAGCCACCUUUGUAGACAUCAUCAGCUCUACGCUCCAUGGACUUUAGAUUAAGUACACGUGGGUUGGGUCUUGGGGCUACAUGAAUACAUGUCUUAGAGUUUAAGAUCCAUUCAAAUUGUGUAAAAAGGUUCUUGCUUCAGCAGACGUUCUAAACUUUCUCUACUGAGUCUAAAAAAAGACCUUCUGCCUACUUCAGUCAUCAUUUUGUAUUUUUGCAAAUCCUAAAGUUAUUUUGUGUGUGUGUGUGUGUGUGUGUGUUUUCACCUAAAGGUCAUUUUUUUCAUCCCAGCAGUGACAGUUUUCUAAGAUGUGAUGUAACAUUUUUAUUCUCAAACUGUGAAAUAGAAAAAUGAAUUGAAACAUGUUUUUUCUUGUAAUAAAACAAUACCAUACCAUA